AUGGCAGAGAUUCAGCCCUACCAUGGUGUUCCGCACCAUGGACUCACCGAUCUUCAAAAGCUAGAACUUGCCCACGCUCAGCAUGAUGAGUGCGCGCUGGAGGAUAUUGAAAAUUCCAAUGCCCUCACUACGGAUCAGUCCGAGUUCUCCUGGAAAUACUUGCUCCGCGUACUCGGAACUGCCACGGGGAUUGGGAUGGGCGUCAAUGCAGCCUACUUUGGUUUCAGUUGUCCGGCGGCGGUGCUGGUUGACAUCAACCAGGAUAUUGGUCCCAGUGAGAAUGCGAGUUUGUUUCCCGUCAUCUGGACCGCCUGUGCUGGCAUCUCGAUCAUCCUAUUUGGCCGUUUUUCGGACAAGUUUGGUCGACGAUGGGGCAUGAUUGGCGCCUCCCUGAUUGGUCUUAUUGGGGGGAUCAUUGCUUGCCGUGCUAUGGACAUGAACACAUUGGUGGUUGCCAACGUUUUCCUGGGACUCUCUGGCGGCGUGCAUACCUGCUACGGCCUGACCAUGGGCGAGGUUGUUCCCAACCGAUACAAGAUUGCUUCUAUGUCUGUAGUCACCCUGCCUUGUAUCGUUUCGGUGGGGUUCGGUGCCUAUCUCGCCCUGAAACUGAUCAAUGACGGUCCUGGAUGGAGGUGGAUCUACUACAUCUACUUGAUUCUGAUGGGCGUGGCCACCAUUUUCCAGUACCUCUUCUACAAUCCGCCUACUUUCCAACAGUUGCAUGGCGGCAAGCGGACUGUUUGGCAAGAGGUGAAACGUAUCGACUUUGUGGGCACUUUCCUCCUCACCACUGGUAUGAUGAUGUUUUUACUCGGCAUCUCCUGGGGCGGUCAACCAGCCCCCUGGUCGUCAGCGAAAAUUCUCAGCCUCAUCAUCAUCGGCAUCCUGCUCCUCGUGGCCUUCGUCUUCUGGGAGAUAUAUGCGCGGAUUCCUAACCCUGUGGUACCCAUGUACUUCUUCAAGGAUGUUCGAGGUUUCGGCUGCUUGGCCGUCAUAGCUUCCGUUUCUGGGGCCGCUUAUGUGGGUCCGACCAUCAUUUGGCCCUCACAGGUAGCCAAUAUUUACGGUGUCGGCGCGACCGAUUGGAAAGAGAAUGCCUGGCUCUCUUGCACAGUGGCUUUCGGUAUCAUUGGCGGCAUCUGGCUUUGGGGACCCUUGAUCGGUAUCAUAAAGCGCGUCAAAUACCAAUUAGUCGUCAUGUCUUGCUUGGUGUGCGCAUUUUCCGGCGCUCUCGCGUCCGCGAACCGAGACAACAAAGUGCAAAGUGCUCUUUUCUCCUUCUUCGCCACAUUUCCCGAUGGCAUCAUGGAACUGACCCCUCUCGGACUGGUUCAAAUGAGUGCCAAUGAUGCCGACCUCGGAACUGUCUUUGCAGUCUAUCUCGCUAUCCUUCAAAACAAGCUUCCUCACUAUAUCGCCGCCUUUGUUCCCGCAGCUGCGACUGCCGCAGGGUUGCCAGAAUCGUCUUUGAGUGACCUGGUUGCGGCGGCCGCAUUGGGAACUGAAAGUGCCAUCGCUAGCGUCCCCGGCAUGACUCCCACGAUCCAGACCAAGGUCAUGGACGCGCUGGUCGACGCUCGGGUCAAGUCAUAUUCGUGGGUCUACUACGCGAUGAUAGCAGUCAAUUUUGCCGGUGUCCUGGCCGCUUUAUAUUUGAGGGACUACGACCACCUGUUCACCACCCAUGUCCCUCGACAAAUCUAUGCCAGAGGUGAGGGCAUCACGCAUGUAAAGGAAGCGGGUGAAAUUGAUAGUGAGGCUGCUUGGGAGGUUGAUGACGCUACUCGUGAGGCACACCCGGUUUCCGAGAAGGCUUGA